CGACGGUCUUCUCCUUAGCCUCCUGUUCCUGCUGCUCUGAAGCAUCAGCAUGCCGGGUCCGACGCCCAGUGGCACCAACGUGGGCUCCUCUGGGCGCUCUCCCAGCAAAGCAGUGGCCGCGCGGGCGGCGGGAUCCACUGUCCGACAGAGAAAAAAUGCCAGCUGCGGGACCCGGAGCGCAGGCCGCACCACCUCUGCAGGGACUGGGGGGAUGUGGCGAUUCUACACAGAAGAUUCCCCAGGGCUCAAAGUGGGCCCUGUUCCGGUGUUGGUGAUGAGUCUUCUGUUCAUUGCUUCUGUAUUCAUGUUGCACAUUUGGGGCAAGUACACGCGUUCGUAGAUUUGGCUACGUCUAGCCAUCAUCUGAAGAAGAAGGAAAAAGCCCAGCAUAUCUUGGACCAAAAGUGUAGUGAUUUUCUGCGCACGUGUAUUAUUUUACAGAAAACAAACAUUAACUUUGAGAAAUCAUUUUUUUUUUAAUGGCUAAUAAACUUG